GGAGCAAGCUGAAGAACGUCGUCGAGAAGAGGAGCGACAAAGAGAGAGACAUUAUGAAGAGAUACAGGCCAUGCAGGAGCAGCAUAUGCAGCAGAUAGAGAUUAUGAAAGGAGUUCUAGCAGAAAGAGAAGGGAAUAGUCCUCAUUUAAAAAUAUCACCAUAUCAAGAAACAGAGGAUAUCCAAGACUUCAUUGAAGCAUUCGAAGGUAUUAUGAAGAUACAAGGGGUGAAUCGGACAAAUUGGAUUCUACGUCUGACACCGUUACUAAGUGGCAAGGCUAGAACUGUUUGUACUGAUCUGGGAACUACUACUGAUUAUGAUGGAGUCAAGAAAGCUAUUUUGGAGCAUUAUAACAUCAACACAGAGAGAUGUAGAAGAAAGUUCAGGAGUCAUGUUUGGACAAGAGAUCAAGACCCAACUGAUUGGAUAGCUAGAGGAGUCAAACUGGUGAAGAGAUGGUUAGUACCAGAGAAUGGAAUGGAACAGGUAGUUAACAAGAUUGCAGUAGAGCAGCUUUUAAAUGGGUUACCACAUAAGAUGAGAAUCUGGGUAACUUCUCAGAACCCAGAGACACCAGAGAAAGUUGGAGAGCUUAUUGAAUCUUAUAAUACAGCUCAUAGUUGUUUACCACAGAGGAAUAGACCAAAAAAAAAACAUGGUCGGUCAAAGGAGUUCCCAAGGAAGACUGAAGGAUCUACUGGAAACAAGAAGGAGAGAAAGUCACCUUCAGAGAUUACCUGUUACAAGUGUAAUCGCAAGGGGCAUAUAGCAAGAAAUUGUACGGAGAAAACUCUACGAGCCAAAGAGAAUGCAGAGGAAGUCAUUUGGCAUGGAGAAGGCAACAUCAAUGGACACAAUGUGAAGCGAAUUCAGAUAGACAGCGGAGCAUCAAGGACUGUGGUUGAUAGGAAUACCACAUAUGAACAGAUUGUUCUACCAGCACAGUAUCGGAAUAAAGUCAUCAGGUUAGCACAUGAUUUACCAUUUUCAGGACAUCUGGGUAGAGACAAGACAACCCAAAGGAUAUUAAGGAGGUUCUAUUGGCCUACUUUAUUUAAAGAUGUGAGACUCUAUUGUGAAGCUUGUAAAGAUUGCCAGCUACAUGCAAAUCACAAGAGGAAGGCUCCAAUGAUACCUUUACCCAUAAUAGGAGAACCAUUUAAGAGGAUUGCCAUGGAUAUUGUAGGACUGCUACCAAGAACCAGUCGUGGAAACCGAUUCAUUCUAGUGAUAAAUGAUUACGCAACAAGAUACCCAGAGGCAUUUCCUUUAAGGAAUAUUACUGCAAAGAAAGUAGCUGAAGUGUUGAUUGAGUUAUUUGCUAGAUAUGGAAUUCCUGAAGAAAUAUUGACAGAUCAAGGUUCAAAUUUCACAUCAAGCUUACUGGGAGAGCUAUAUCAUCUCAUGGGGGUCAAAGCAAUCAAGACCAGUCCAUACCAUCCACAGACCGAUGGCCUCGUGGAACGAUUUAAUCGAACACUAAAGUCUAUGCUAAGGAAAGUAUUGGAAGGAGAGAGGAAGAACUGGGACCACAUGAUACCAUAUGUCUUGUUUGCAUAUAGGGAAGUUCCACAAUCGACUCUUGGGUUCAGUCCCUUUGAACUACUAUAUGGUCGGGAGGUGAGAGGACCGUUAGAUGUUUUAAAGGAGGAAUGGAUCCACAGCACAGAAAUCGAAACAGAUAUACUGAGUUUUGUGAUGGAUACGCGAGAACGGAUGGAAUCUGCAAGAGAAAUUGUGAAGGAGAAUGCAAGAGCAGUGCAAGCUAAGCAGAAGAUGUAUUAUGAUCAACGAUCGAGAGAGAUUAAUUUUGAAGUUGGGGACAAAGUAUUACUACUAUUACCAAGCAGUACCAGAAAAUUUGUGGCUAAAUGGCAGGGACCGUAUGAAGUGAUAAGAAAAAUAGGGAAAGUGACAUAUGAGAUCGAAAUGCCUGACAAAGGAGGUCGAAAGCAAAUCUUUCAUGUGAAUCAUCUCAAAAAAUGGAAAGAGCGAGCUUUUGUUAAUGCAGUUAUUGAGGAUGGAGAAGAUAUUGAAGGAUAUAGGUGGUCUGACACUGGAGAAAUUGUGUUUGGAACUCAGUUAACAGAAGAUAUGAAGUCAGAUCUAUGGAGGGUGUUGAGGAAGUUUCCUAGUGUGACUAGAGGGGGAAUUUAUAUUGACGAAAAUUGUCUGCUUCAACCAUACUAUACUGACACUAACCAUGACAUACAUAUUCUGUUUCAGGAUAACUCUGCUGUUGUAGCUGGUGGUGAUUUGUAUGGGUUUAUAGAUCGUGCCUUUAACUUGAUAGAUAAAAAUAUCAGUUCAUCAAGUCAAGCAAUAUAUUUGUGCUUCUGUGAUCCUGACCAUACAAAGAUAUCAUACCAUACUUGCCAUCAUGCUGUAGCACCUGAACAAUACAUUUUUCCAGGUCAGACACUAAAUUAUAAUGUUGCUCUGUUUGGAAUGAACUAUAUUAAUUCAUUAAGUCUAACAGAUGGUAAAGUAGAUAUUUAUGUUGAUGGAAUAUUUGUUAACAGGACCUAUGUCUCCACUUCUAUCAAAACUGAUUAUAUUCUUUAUGAGUGUCCCAUUGAUUUUAGUAUAGAUAAUUCUCAAGCUACUUGUACUUGCAGUCAAAGUGUUUCAAGAGGAAACGUGACUUGUGAUAUAAAUAUAGUCUAA